AUGCGUGCUUCUACUGCCUUCCCCGCCGUUCUCAUUGCCACUUCUGUGCUCCCAUCCUUUGCUAUUCCUGUGCUCUCUCGUCCCGACGAGUUUGUCGGUCAUGUCGAACAUGUCGAGCCCCAUCACGGUUCUGGCUUCGUGGCGCACAACCAGGUAUACGCACAGCGUGAAGGACAUUUCCCCCCAACGUUCGGCUACCGAAAGCCCACUUACAGUGCUACGCAUCCGGAAGCCGGAACCGAUCGCGUCGUCCAACGCCCUGUCCACCACGCGGAGACACACGCCGCUGGUCUCCCGCACAUCGGAGCCAGUCGUUUGCCUGACUCUCCGGCUCACGCUGGGAUGCACUCGGCUGAAGUAGCUCAGCACGUUCAUCGCCCAGCCCGCCGCGCAGAGGGCCAUCGCGUUCGCGCGUUCGAUGUGAACGACGUACACGUGCACUACCGCCUUAAUCAGGCCGGCAGACCCAUAGGCGGCCAUCCAUUCCACCGGCAUCCGAACUUCAAGCGUCCGCAUGCCGACAACAUCGACAUACCCAGCCGGGAAGUGUCCGAAGACGACCUCUAUGCUCGCGAGUAUACCUCGUUGGUCGCGCGCAAGGGCAAGGCGAAGCCCAAAGCUAAGCCUAUGCCUAAGCCCAAGCCCAAGCCAGCCCCGAAGCCAGCCCCGAAGCCAGCCCCGAAGCCCGCGCCUAAGGCCGCACCCUGGGCCAGUACUGGGGGCGCUCUAGGAAGCACAACCAACGGUCGAUGGAAUAAGGCAGACAAUGCCAUCGGCCGAGUCGGAAAAACCGUGGGGGAGGUCGCCAGCACGGUCGGAACAAUCGCAAACGUGGCGAAGGACAUCUUCAGCAUCUUCAGGCGAGAGAUAGAGGCUAGAGAGGAGGAGGAAGGCUGGUUCAUGCAACGAGCAUACGAAGUUGAUGAGUUGGACUGA